AUUUCCGGUUCCAAUUUCCCUGUUUCCCGACAAUUAUUUACAUUAAAAUUAUUUUAUUAUUUAACCGAUUCCUGUGUUAAACUUUACAUUAAAGUUGUAAUGGAGUCAACUACCAAUGUAUUUAAAAGUAUAGGUCGAUUUUGGAGAAAUAACGUGUAAGCCUUUCAUUAAUUUAUAGUCUACAACUCUCCCCAAACAAAUUAUUAUUAUAGCUUUGAAUAACAUUAUACUAAUUCCAUACUAUAAAUUAAAACCAGCCCAGUAGCCCAACCGUAGGUACUGAAAAUUACAAAAUUGCGACAUUGAGCUAUAGUGAUAUUGGUUAUACAUACCCUUCAAAGGAGAUAAUGAGAUAUCCAAAGGUUUUGAACCCCAGAAUCCAACAACAGCUUUUGAAAAGGUUUGGAGUAUAUGAAAAGGUGUUGCCUGUCCAGAGCACACCAAGUCGGAUUGUGCCAGAUCACAUUGAGAAGCCCAACUAUGUGUUGCACCACCAAGAACUUGUGGUGCCCAGCAGGCCUGAGAUUAAAGACAUCAACCAGAUCAGGGGAAUGAGACGCAGUUGCAAACUGGCUGCUAAUAUUUUAGCUUCAGUUGAAGAAUUCUUGGAGGUUGGCAAGACAACAGAUGACAUAGAUGAAUGGGUCCACAACCUCACAAUAGAAGCAGAGGCUUACCCUUCACCCCUACAUUACAAGGGAUUUCCUAAAAGUGUCUGCACCUCGGUAAACAAUGUGGCAGUCCAUGGCAUACCGGACUUGAGGCCCUUGCAGGACGGAGACAUUGUAAAUGUUGAUAUCACUGUGUACUUGAAAGGCUUCCAUGGAGAUUGCUCCAAAACCUUUGUUGUGGGCAAUGUGGAUCAGAGGGGUCUUGAACUCGUUAAAAUAACAGAAGAAGCACUUAAUCUUGCUAUAAAGAACUGUGGACCAGAUGUUCCAUUCAGUGAGAUUGGGUCGACAAUCCACAGAUACGCCAAACAGAAUGCCCUCACUGUGUUACCAGCUUUCCUUGGACAUGGUAUUGGGGAGUACUUCCAUGGACCACCUGAUAUCUUUCACAUGUUAAACCGCUACCCGGGCCUCAUGAAGCCGGGCAUGACGUUCACCAUAGAGCCAGUCUUAUCCCACGGCAGUGAACACACGGUGAUCCUGGAAGACGGCUGGACCGUGGUCACGGAGGACAGUGCCAGGGCCGCGCAGGCCGAGCACACUGUACUCAUCACGGAUGACGGGGCUGAGGUGCUUACUAAGACGAAUAAGUAGUGCGGCUGAGGUGUUGAAGGUUAUAAUAAUAUUAACUACUGUAAGUUGGACAGCAUUUAAGACAGUAAAUAUAUUAUUUUUACUUAGA